AUGCGGAAGUAGGUCGCUGCUUUAGCCUGUUAGCUCACAACCAAAACAGAGGAAAUGUCUCCGUGUUAGGACUCCGUAAGACUUGAUACAAUCUUGUAUAUCAAACUGGGUGUUUUUGUUCAGCGACCUGUCUCUCUCUAAGUGGUAGAAGAAGCUGAAGAACCGUCAGACAGAGAUGGAGGAUCCAGGUAGUACUUUAGCUGAGUCUGGGACUCCAUCACAAGCAGGUGCCCCAAAAUCAAAGCUGGACACGCUGUCCAAAGAUGACCUCAUUAAAUAUGCCAAAAAGCAGAUGGCUGUAAUGCAGAAGAUGAAGAGCAGAUGCACAGAUUUGGAAAAAGAAAUUGAAUCCCUCAAACAGCAAUCUCAAAACAGUAACACCAACUCUGAUGAUACCUCUUUGAUGCAGGAGCUGACAGAAAGAAUGGAUGCCUUACUGCUGGAGAAGGCAGAAUCUCAACAAUGUCUUAGUCUCUUACGCAAAGAUCUAGAAAAGACUAAGCAGCAAGCCAAGGACGAUCUAGCUGUGCUGCAAAGUGAGCACGAGAGUGUACUGGAGGACCGGCAAAAGAAGAUCAAAAUGCUGGAGUCCAGCAUUGAGGAAACCAGAAGCAAACACCAGGAAGAAGUGGCUUAUUUUCAGAAAUUUCUCAAAGAGCGAGAGGAGCAUGACAGAGAGAGGGAGGGCGAAAGGGAGAAAGAGCGCAAAGCAUAUUAUGACGACGCAAAAGAGAGUGCAGAAGAAGUCAGACGCUGCUUAGAAGCUCAGCUGGAAACCGUUCAAGCUGAGCUGCAGGCAAAUAAAGAGAGGAAUUCCCAGGAGAUCGUCGAGUUGCAGGAGAACUACCAAAGGGAGCUGACGAAGGCUCAGCAGGAUGUGGAGAACCUGAAGGAGGACCUGGCUCAGAAGAGUCAGCAGCAUGAGGAGGAAAUGAGAGCUCUGGAGGAAGAUUGGGAGAUUGAAAGAGAACGUCUGCUGUUGCUCACCGAGGAGCUAACAGAGCAGCUCGCACUCAAAGNGAGCUUCUUGCAAGAUGUUCAAGAGGAAGAUGAGGAAUCUACUCGUGGCUCAGGGAUCACCAAAAUGCUGGAGCUGUCYGGAUGCAAACAGGCCGACACCAGUAAUAAUCACGGAGAGGAAGCUGAGUUGAGCAGGUUGAGGUCCGCACUGGAUGACCUUMAGUCUCAGAAUACCAUGUUGCAGGAUGAACUCACCCUGCUCAGUAAUGUAAAGGGGGAGCUUGAGGCAGAGCUGGAGAAAACCAAGGAGGAGUUCCAGAUGGAAAAAGAAGAGCUGGAGUUCAAAAUCAACGAGCUGCAGAUGAUUAGUCCUUUUACCGAAUCUGUCRUGACCCUAGAUCCUGAUCAGGGAGAAAUAAAACACUYYGUUAGGUCAUCCGAUGACCAGAAGGUCCUGAAUUUAGAAGAGGAGCUGAGAACCCAGUGUCAGGCCUUGACCAGAGAACGAGACRCUGCAGUAGCUGAGUGCCACCACAUGAGAGGCAUUCUCCAAAGUGUGGAGACUGAACUGGGUGAGAAGACCAAAAACUUUGUUGAGCAGUACACUGCCAUGAAGGAGCAGGGAGCUAAUACAGUGAGAGACCUCCAGGACAAGAUUGAACAGCUCAGUCAAGAAAGAGACGAGCUGCUGGCGAGGAUGACUGAGGUCACCGAGGAGAAAAACACCCUGGUGGACGAUAUGCAAGAACUUCAGCAGAAGCUUGAGGCUUCCCCUGUCGAAAACCAGAACCUUCUGUCCUCCGUAAAGGAACAAACCAAUUACACUUGUGCACUAAAACAGUCUGUGGAGGAUCUGACGAGGCAGAAUGAGGAGAUCUUGUCCCAGCUUAAGAUGAAGGAGAACACGCUACAAGAGUUGGAAGAACUAGUCAACACAUUGACCGAGGAAAGGAAUAAAGUACAACACCUGCUAAAAGUUAAGGAAGAUGAAAUGCAAGUCCUGAAUGAUGUGAAAACAAAAGACAUGGAGACGCUGCUGGAGGAGAAAGCAAGAGAAGCACUUUUUAUUAGAGAUGAAAAAGAUAAGGAGUUGGAAAACCUAAAAGUACAAACAGAGAAUGMAGUGAAACAUCUGAAAGAAGAGAGAGAAAAGGUGGAGGAAAGUCUGAAAGAAAAGCUGGCGAUCCACGAGGAGAAGUGUUCCACGUUGGAUCUGACCAUUAAAGAGCUCUCCAUGGAAAAGUCCGAUCUCCUCCAGAAACUGGAGCAGGCUUUAUCUGAGCUUUCUAAAGCUCAGGAGGGCAGUGAGCUUUUGGGCUCCAAGCUGACAGAGCUGGAGACUCAGGUGGAGCAGGGUUCAAACGAAAAGCAACACCUUGAAGCAAAGCUGAAGUCGCUGACAGAGGAGGCAGAACAGGCCUCCAUUUCUGUGCAAACGCUGAAGAGAAACCACGCAGACGUACUCCAAAAGUCUGCGGACGAAGCUGAAGAGCUCCGAACACGUGUUGAUGAGCUGGAGAAGGAGAGAGGCCUGUUAAAGAGCAGCCUCGAAGUAGCUGAUGCUGAAAGAACAGAAGAGCUUCAAAAGUACUUGCAGGCUCACAUGGAAGACCUGGAGAAGGAGCGAGACGUGUUGAGAAGAAACCUCGAGGAGGUGGUGAAGGAUGCCGAGGGGCUGCAGAGUGACCUGCAAGAAAUGAAAUCGCUUAAUGAGAAGAUUGUUGAUGAAAACCAGAAACUUCAGGCUCAUAUUUCUCUGGCUAAAGAUGAAAAAGAGGAAGAAGAGAACAUGGAGAAAAACAAUGAAGAGCUCAAAGAUCAGCUGACAGAGAAGGACUCUGUCAUAUCACAGCUGAGGAGUGAAAUAGCAACUCUGCAGGAAUCUGCUGCUCAGUCCGUCUCCUCUGAGGAAAAUGAAGCCAGUGAGAUGACAAAGAAAUUAGCUCUCCUGCAGAACGAAAUGAAAGAAAAGGAUGAGAAGAUGAAUAAGAUCAAGGCCGUUGCUGUUAAAGCCAAGAAAGAGUUGGACAACAGUAAGAAAGAGGUUCAGACUCUCAAGGAGGAAGUAGAGUCGCUAAAAGCAGAGCGGGAGAAGACAAACAGCUCUAUGAAAGAUAUCAUUCAUGGUGCUGAAGGCUAUAAGAAUCUGCAGAUAGAUUACGACAAGCAAACCGAGCAACUGGAUAAGGAGCGAGAGAAGGUGGAGGUGGCGGAGAGACAGAUUGCUGAGCUGACCAAACGACUCAGCAGUGCUGUCACACAGACGGAAACWCUGAGCAGUGAGAAAGAAAACCUGCUGGCUGCUUUGGAAACCACGAGGAGCACGCUGAGGCAGCUGGAGGCCAAGAACCAGGAYAUGCAGAAACAGCUAGCAAAUCUGGACAAAGACCUUCUGGUGGAGAGAUCAAUGAAGGAACAAAAGCUUAAGGAAUUGUUGUCUGCCACGAAGGAGGUGGAGGAGCUAACGGCACAGCUCCGCAAGCAGCAGCAGCAGUCUCAGCAGAGCGCUCAAGAGCUGGAGCAGCUUCGCAAGGAGGCCCAGCAGAACUCCCUGCUGGACAUGGAGAUGGCCGACUAUGAACGCCUGGUGAAAGAACUAAAUGGCAAACUCACUGAGAAAGACCAGUAUGAGGAGGAGUUAAAAGCACAGAUUGGCACCCUCACCCAGAAGCAGGAGACGCUCAGGGAGGAAAUCGAGGCUUUGAAGUCCCAGCUGGACCAGGAGGGAGAAAAAACCAUGAAGAUGAAACAGCUGCUGGUGAAGACCAAGAAAGACUUGGCGGAUGCAAAGAAACAGGAAAGCUCCCUGCUGAUGGUGCAGGCAUCUCUGAAAGGAGAAUUGGAGGCUAUCCAACAGCAGCUCGAAAGCUCUAAGAUUGAGGUGUGUGACCUGACCGCCGAGCGCCACCGUCUGCAGGAGCAGCUGAAGUCUGCGCUGGAGCAGCAGCAAAGAACCAGCAGCUCCCUGCAGCAACGUAUCCAUAAUCUGCAGCAGGAAAGAGACACGGCGAAGGCUGAGCUUGUGGCGACAACAAGCGAGUUUGAGAGUUACAAGGUGCGCGUGCACAACGUCCUCAAACAGCAGAAGAACAAAACCAGUGCCCAGAGUGAGUCCGAUUCCGGCAGACUGGAGAGGCAGCAGUUGUCGUCUCAGGUUGAACAGCUGAGAAUCAGGCUGACAGAGAGUCAGCAGAGCCUUCAGAGCAGCACAGCAGAACUGCAGCAGCUCCAGACUGAACACGACACUCUGCUGGAGAGACACAACAAAAUCCUUCAGGAAAAUGUGGCCAAAGAGGCAGAGCUGCGGGAGAGGCUUUUGUCACUGCAGUCGGAGAACGUGGCCCUGCGGUCCGACCUGUCGCAGACCCAGACGGAUCUGUCUUCCCAGGUCGAGGCCCAGCGGCAGACCUACAGGGAGCAGCUGAGGAAGCUGCAGGACGACCACCGAGCCACCGUGGAGACCCUGCAAGGACAACUGACCCGAGUCGAGGAGCAACUCUUCAACCUGCAGAGCCAAAACAACUCUGUACUGGUCCAGUCCAGUCGUAAGCCCCUGGCCUCAGACCUUCAGCGCAGGAACACUGAUCAGAACCAAACAGGGUUGGGAGUAGUGGCUUUCAACGACCUUCAGUCCAUGGCCAGGGAGGAGGGAGAGGGUAUGGAGACCACGGAGACGGAGAAWUCCUCCCCAGCUCUUACACCCCUGCCCUCUCUGGAGCAGCUUCUCACGGCUCCAGACCCCAAACAAGAGCCUUUUGUGUGGACAGUGGAGCCAACCAAAGAGGAGCUAUCUGAAAAGCUGAGCACAGCCACUCGCAGCAUGGAGCACAUGAACAGCCUCCUGCAUGAAACUGAGGCCACCAACGCUGUUCUCAUGGAGCAGAUCACACUACUGAAGAGCGAAGUGAGACGUUUAGAGCGAAACCAGGAGAGGGAGAAGAGUGUAGCCAAUCUGGAGUACCUGAAGAAUGUCCUUCUGCAGUUCAUCUUCCUGCGCUCUGGCAGCGAGAGGCAGGCGCUGCUGCCCGUCAUUCACACCAUGUUGCAGCUCAGUCCAGAGGAGAAGAGCAAACUGGCUGCUAUUGCACAAGGUGAGGAGGAGGCAAGCGGGUCUCGAGGCUCUGGCUGGACUUCCUACCUCCACAGCUGGUCUGGGAUCAGAUAGACUUGGUGACCAAUCAUAUCGUCAUAAAACACUGGGAACACAUUGAAGUGACAUUACUGAACUAUUUUAUUGAAAAUAACUGAACUGGGGCAUUAAUAAUAUGAAUGGGACAGAGUAAACAGGACCAGAGAAUGUAUCGGAGGAGAAUGGGUUUGUUGUAGAAAGACUGGAAACUAAAACAUUUGAAUUAGAAACGCAAACGAUGGAUGUGUUUACUGUGAUAAAUCUCUGUCUUUGUUAGACUCAUUAACUUGAAGAAAUUAAUAUAACAUGUACUAGACACUCCUAAAGUAGAGGUUAUACGGUAUUAUAGGGUAACAGAAAUAAAAUAAUCAUUUAUGGAAUUAUAUUUCCAGAUUUUUACAAGAAUUGUUUCAAGGCUGGAUACAAAAUGUUCCCAUGGAUUUGCAUGAAAAUAGUUUUUGUCAGACAUUUGACUCCUUAGCAGAAAGAAGUGAUCAUUUGGGUUCAGUGUUUUGCGGUACAUUUUACUGAAGUUAUUUUGUUUCUAAGCAGCUUUAGAGACGGUUGAAUGUUUCUCUACUUUGGAGGCAGCGAUGUUGCCUUUCAUUUGUGGCAGUAUGAAUCCAUUUGAUACAAACAAUCAUCUCCAAGUUUAAUUUUUUUACUAGCGUUUGUCUGGAAGGUUUUAAAAAAAUGCCUUAAUGCCACAUACGGUGGUAAGCAAUUGUUACAUGAUGACACCAUAAAAUAAUGGUCUUAAGUCUCUUUUUUUUUUUUUCGAAUUCGUCAGGAAUCUCAAAACAACUUUAUUUAGAUUUCCAAUCAACAUAACACACAGAUUAUGUUUUUACUUCUCUUGGCUUGGUUUAGUUCUCUAAUGUAUCAUAUUUUCUGCUUGUUUUGAUCUGUUGUACCUGAACGUGGUGCAUAGUUUGUGACAUUAAUAUCAAUAUUUUUAUCGGAUGAAGAAAGAUGCCAAUGACAGCGAGCACAUCUGCCCUGCUGAGGUCUCUGAGUAACACCACCUGUCACAUCUUUGGAUGACUUUGUUUUCAUUGUUUUUGCGUGAGGAAUGAAAAAAGUCUCUGCCUCCUUUCUGUAAACUUGAAGCCUUUUUUCCUCUCUGCCAGUCUUGAAGAAACUUUGCUUUUUGAUUUUCUCAUUCCAGGGGCAACUUUUUGUGUUCCAUCCACCACAAGUGAAUGUACUUUUAUCUAAGCUUUUUUUUUUUAUAUAUUUAUGUCUGCUGUUAGAAGCUGUGAGAGAUUAUAAUAACUGUAAAAUCUGAUGUGUGUAAGAAUGAUUAGAUUUAAGGUCCUGCCACGGUUCUCUGUAUGUAAAGCAGGAAUUACAGGAAGUGACUAAAAACUGAAUUAAAAUGUAAAAGGUUGGGAAUGAUUACAGUA